AAGAGCCAGGUCCAUUUAAAGUUGCUGGCGGAGAGCUGUUCCCAUUGGCUGGGGGGAGCUGGAGGAGCGGAGACACACACGGUGCGUGCAGCCCUCGCUGCCGCCGCCGCUGCUGCCGCCGGAGCCGCCGCCGCUGCUGGAGUUGUCCCUGCCGCUUUCCCUGCUGCAGCGGCACAAACGUGACUUCCAACGUCCCGGUUAUUUAUCUUCUCCUCCCGGCCCCUUUCCUCCUCCAAGAUGUAACUACAGCUCUGACACUAAGGACCUGCAGAUCGCUUAGGCGGCUUGAGAAAGAGAAAAGGGGAUAUCAAGGGCGUCGUUUUUUGUGUUUAGGGGGAAAUUUUCCAUUAUAAUGCUUCACUAAAGUGAUUUUUUUUUGUUUCCUUCGCAUUCGUCUUUUUUAUUUUUUUUUCUUCCGUCCCCCAUUUCUCGGAUUUAUUGCUAGGAGAAUCACAUUGUGAGGAAAGAAACUCGGAUUACAAGAUACCACUACAAACAACCCCCUCCCCCCUGGAUUUUUUCGGUAUUUUUUAUUUUUUUUUUUAAUUGUCUCGGCUUUAAUUCAUGAAGCAAUUGUCCCCUUUUGCAAUCAGAAUUUGGAUACCAGAAUGAGCAAAGAAAGACCCAAGAGGAAUAUAAUUCAAAAGAAAUACGAUGACAGUGAUGGGAUUCCCUGGUCAGAGGAGAGGGUGGUGCGGAAGGUCCUUUAUUUAUCACUGAAGGAGUUCAAGAAUGCACAGAAGCGGCAGCACAGCGAUGGCAUUAGCGGGAGCCUCAAGGCAGUGAACGGACUUCUCACUAAUGGCCAAUCUAAAGGAUUAGGACCGGGAUCAGAACAGCUGGAGAAUGAGAAGGACGAUGCAUCGCAAGUGUCCUCAACAAGCAACGAUGUUAGUUCUUCAGAUUUUGAAGAAGGGCCCUCAAGGAAAAGGCCAAGGCUGCAAGCACAAAGGAAGUUUGCUCAGUCCCAGCCAAACAGUCCCAGCACAACUCCAAUAAAGAUAGUGGAGCCAUUGUUACCCCCUCCUGCCACUCAGAUUUCUGACCUCUCCAAAAGGAAGCCCAAGACAGAAGAUUUUCUCACUUUCCUCUGUCUUCGAGGUUCUCCAGCCCUGCCCAGCAACAUGGUAUAUUUUGGAAGCUCUCAGGAUGAUGAGGAUGAAGAAGAGGAGGAGGAGGAGACAGAGGACACAAAAACAGCCACAAACAAUGCUUCAUCAUCAUGCCAGUCAACCCCUAGGAAAGGAAAAACGCAUAAACACGUACCAAAUGGGCAAGUUUUCAAUGGGUCCAGCAAAUCAUCGAAGGAGAAAGAACCUGCUCAGAAACACAAAAGCAAAGAGGCCACCCCAGGGAAGGAGAGGAACAGCGAACAUAAGGCUGAGAGUCGAAAAGACCAGGCUGCUGCUAAUCACCACGCUACUACAAACACUGGCUCCUCUACGAAAGGGCUCACGGCUAACAACCACCACACUCUUCACAGAUCGGCUCAGGACUUAAGGAAACAGGUUUCUAAAGUCAACGGGGUCACUCGAAUGUCAUCUCCGAGUGCAAAUGCAGCCAGUGCCAAAAAGAUGAGAGAAGUCAGACCUUCACCGUCCAAAACUGUGAAGUACACUGCAACAGUGACAAAGGGAACUGUCACAUACACCAAAGCCAAGAAAGAACUGGUCAAGGAAACCAAACUAAAUCACCACAAACCCAGUUCACCUGUCAACCACACAAUCUCAGGGAAAAUAGAAAGUAGCAAUGCAAAAACCCGCAAACAGGUGCUAUCCCUUGGAGCAUCCAAGUCUAACAAUACCGCUGUUAAUGGUGUAAAAGUCAAUGGCAAGUUGAACCAAAAGACAUGCACUAAGGAGGUGGGGAGACAGUUAAGGGAGGGGCUGCGCAACUCGAAGAGGAGGCUGGAAGAGACGAAUCACAUAGACAAAAUACAGUCGCCCACCAAGAGAAUGAAAGGGGCCGUCGGCUUGGCAGAAGCUGCCAGCAAAAAGGCAGCAGUAGAAAAGCCUUUGCUCAAUGGACACCUUAGAAAGGAAGUGCCAGAGAAGAGUUUGGAAAGGAAUAGGCCGAAAAGAGCCACUGCUGGAAAGAGUACGCCAGGGAAACAAGCACAUGGCAAAACUGAAAAUGCCUCCUGUGAAAAUCGUUCUACCUCUCAAGCGGAGUCCUUGCACAAGCCACAAGACUCAAUGGGAAAGCACGAAAAGGGCAGUAGUAAGUCUGGGUGGGGGAUGCUGGGGGAGAUUCCCAUCCUUAGGCCCUCCACCAAGGAAUUUCAUGACCCACUGAUAUACAUUGAGUCAGUCCGAGCUCAGGUAGAGAAGUAUGGGAUGUGCAGGGUGAUUCCUCCUCCAGACUGGAGACCUGAGUGCAAGCUAAACGAUGAAAUGCGGUUUGUGACACAGAUUCAGCACAUACACAAGCUAGGCAGGCGCUGGGGACCCAACGUGCAGCGGCUGGCCUGUAUCAAGAAGCACCUCAAAUCUCAGGGCAUUACCAUGGAUGAACUCCCACUCAUAGGAGGCUGCGAGCUCGACCUGGCCUGCUUCGUCCAGCUGAUCAACGAGAUGGGGGGGAUGCAACAAGUGACUGACCUCAAGAAAUGGAACAAGCUGGCAGACAUGCUGCGCAUCCCCAAAACUGCACAGGACAGGCUGGCCAAGCUACAAGAAGCCUACUGCCAGUACUUGCUCUCCUAUGACUCCCUCUCCCCUGAGGAGCACAAGAAACUGGAGAAGGAGGUCUUGCUGGAAAAGGAAAUCCUGGAGAAGAGGAAAGGACCUUUGGAGGGACAUUCAGAGAAUGCCUACAAGUUCCAUUCCUUGCCCCGGUUUGAGCCCAAAAACGGACUCAUCAAUGGCGUGGUUCACAAAAAUGGCUUCCGCAACAAGUUAAAAGAGGUCGAUGUCCCACUGAAGACGGGCAGGCGGCGGCUCUUUGCUCAGGAAAAGGAGACCACGAAGGAGGACGACGAGGAGGAGGAGGAGGAGGGAGUUCUUAGCGACUUACACAAGUGUAUAUACAAGGGUAGGUCUGUUUCUUUAACAACCUUCUACCGAACAGCAAGAAACAUCAUGAACAUGUGCUUCACAAAGGAGCCUACAGUAGCUGAAGUAGAGCAAGAAUACUGGCGGAUAGUGGAACAGAAAGAUUGCCAUGUAGCAGUGCAUUGUGGAAAAGUAGAUACCAACACCCACGGGAGUGGUUUUCCUGUGGGAAAAUCUGAACCAUUUUCAAGGCAUGGGUGGAACCUCACAGUCCUUCCUAAUAAUACAGGAUCCAUCCUGCGACAUCUUGGUGCUGUGCCUGGAGUGACAAUUCCUUGGCUAAAUAUUGGCAUGGUCUUUUCUACCUCAUGCUGGUCUCGAGACCAAAAUCACCUUCCAUACAUUGACUACUUACACACUGGUGCUGAUUGCAUUUGGUAUUGCAUUCCUGCUGCGGAGGAGAACAAACUUGAUGAUGUGGUACAUACCCUGCUGCAAGCCAAUGGCACUCCAGGGCUGGAAAUGCUUGAAAGUAAUGUCAUGAUCUCCCCAGAGGUCUUGUGCAAGGAGGGGAUCAGGGUGCACCGUACUGUACAGCAGAGCGGGCAGUUUGUUGUCUGUUUUCCUGGAUCCUUUGUGUCCAAAGUAUGUUGUGGCUAUAGUGUUUCCGAAUCGGUGCACUUUGCUACCACCCAGUGGACAAGUAUGGGCUUUAAAACAGCCAAGGAAAUGAAGCGGCGCCGUAUAGCCAAACCAUUUUCAAUGGAAAAGUUGCUUUAUCAGAUUGCAACAGCAGAAGCAAAGAAAGAAAACGGACCGACUCUGAGUACAAUAUCAUCGCUCCUGGGAGAGCUCAGGGACACGGAGCUGAGGCAGCGGCGGCAGCUGUACGAGGCCGGUCUCCACUCCUCGGCGCGCUACGGCAGCCACGACAGCAGCGGCGCCAGCGUGGAUGGCAAGAAAAAGCCUCGAAAGUGGUUGCAGUUAGAAACGUCAGAGAGGAGGUGUCAGAUUUGUCAGCACCUCUGCUAUCUUUCCAUGGUUGUACAGGAGAAUGAAAACGUUGUCUUCUGCUUGGAGUGUGCCCUGCGGCACGUGGAGAAGCAGAAGUCAUGCCGGGGGCUGAAGAUGAUGUACCGCUACGAUGAGGAACAAAUAAUCAGUCUUGUCAAUCAAAUCUGUGGAAAAGUAUCUGGUAAAAAUGGCAGCAUUGAGAACUGUAUCAGCAAGCCUACACCAAAAAGAGGACCUCGUAAGAGAGCAACAGUGGACGUGCCAUCAUCUAGGCUUUCAUCCUCCAGUUCAUCCAAAAGUGCUUCAAGUUAAUCCUGAAGAUGCCAACACUCUCAUUUUGUCAAUUUAUAUAUAUUUUUUGUAAUUAUUAUACCAUAGUUUGGAGUACUUGCUGUAGAAUACAAGCUGUCUUUGCACUAGCUCUAAAGAAGAUUUUCUUCUGGUUUUAGAGAACUAAUUUUGUUUUAGCAUUAAACUGUUGAACUUUUUUUUUUUUUUGUACUUAGACUAGAUAGAUACAGCAGUCUGAUUUUUUUAAACUGCCGUAUGUUCACUGUUUUAAAACCGGCAAGGGGCUGAUAAAAUAUGAAUUUGUAUUGUCCCUAUGGCUGAAAAAAUAAAAAGCCUUUUGGUAACUGUGAAAAAAAGGCUUUUAACCCAUUUUUUGACUAGGUUAAAGUUUGAUGUGUUUUAUAAUUUGUUCUCCGGUCAUGUGAGCAGAUUUUUCUAGAGAGAAAAGGGAUAGGAGACAAAAACUUGAAAGAAAUUGCUUUACUUUGGCUGUCUUUUAUUCUGUCACAGCAAGAUGAGUUUUGUAAUUUUUUAAAUUGGAGAAUACACACUUUCUUUGGGAGGUUAUGGCAGCUGAAGAUGGACUUUGUUUCCUAACUGUAGGCAAAAGGAGGAGAUUUGGAGUAUGUUCUCUUUUACCAGCACAUCACUAUGCAUCUGUUUUGAGGGGAAAAAAUAAAAAAAAAUAAAAAUAAAAAAAAAA